AUGCGAAAGUCGGGAUGUCAGAAGAAGAAGAGCAUAGGAUCGAGAGAUUUGGAUGGGGACUCCGAAAUGAGAAGUAACCGUCUUGUUGCGCUCUCAUCCGCCGCGCUUUAUGAAAGAAGAACACCGGCGGUGGACAUGAGAGUCACCCACGUACGACUCCUGCCGAGAUCGACCACAUUCUCACCAUCAGAAGGUGGUGCUUACUAG